UUCUGUGCCGUCUGGAUGUCUCGCUUUAAGUGGUUAUCGUUUCUCAGCAAUUUGCCAAGACUUAAAAUGAAACAGCCGCGACUCGACUACAGAAACAAAAUAAUUAUGGCACCAAUGGUGCGAGUGGGGACCUUACCCAUGCGGCUGCUAGCCCUCGAAAUGGGGGCUGAUAUCGUUUACACGGAGGAGCUCGUCGAUCUGAAGUUGAUCAAAAGUUUACGCCGUCCAAAUCCCGCCUUGAAUACGAUUGAUUUCGUGGAUCCCUCUGACGGCACAAUCGUGUUUCGCACGUGUUCUCUAGAAACAUCCAGAGUAGUGCUUCAGUUAGGAACCAGCGAUGCAGCCCGAGCUCUAGCCGUAGGCAAACUGGUGCAAAAUGAUAUUGCUGGGCUCGACAUUAAUAUGGGCUGUCCCAAGGAGUUUUCCAUUAAGGGAGGGAUGGGCGCAGCGCUGCUUUCUGAGCCAGCGAAAGCAGCACAUAUUCUGCGAACGCUCACAACGCACUUGGACAUACCCAUCACCUGCAAGAUUAGGAUACUGCCGGAUACCUUGGAAACCAUCAAAUUGGUGCAAGAACUGGCAGCGACGGGCAUAGCCGCCAUUGGAAUCCAUGCACGAACGCGAGAUGAGCGACCGCAGCAUCAUCCGCAUCCCGAUGUUUUGCGAGCUGUUGCAAGUGCCGUUGACAUACCUAUUAUAGCCAAUGGUGGAUCUCGGAGUAUGCACACGUACGAGGAUCUGCACAAAUUCCAGGAACUGUGCGGCGCCGAUAGCGUCAUGGUGGCCCGUGCCGCCCAGCUCAAUGUGUCCAUAUUUCGGAAGCAGGGCAUGUUGCCAAUUGAUGAGGUGAUCUGUAAAUAUCUGCGGUUAUGCGUCGAUUACGAUAAUGCACCGCACAAUUCAAAGUACUGCGUGCAGAGCAUCCUCAAAGAGCUGCAGGAAACGCCCCGCGGCAAGAGAUUCCUGCAAUGCCAGACGCUGCAACAAAUAUGCGAGAUAUGGGGCCUGGGUGACUACUGCAGGCGAAAGCAGCAGGAGCUUAAGGAACACGGCAAUGGCGGAAGAGCCAAUGUGAUACUAACAGAGUGUCUGGCUAAGAGGCAAAAACUGGAGCGGUCCGAGGAUUUAUCGGACGAGUACGAGGGCGUCAUUUGCCGCAACAUGGCGUUCCUCCGUUCAACCUAUCCAAGUGACACCCAGCUGCCUAAGAUGGUGCUCUAUGUGCUGGCGGGCAAACUGGGCAAGCAGGCGCCUAGCUACGAGACACAUCAGUGUGACAAGCUCUUCCGGUCCAUCUGCAGCUACGAUGGACAGCGCUUUAGCAGCAGCUUCUGGGAAAAGAACAAGAAGCAGGCCGAGCAGGGCGCCGCAUUGGUGGCGCUCCUGCAACUCGGACACCUGAAUGAGAAGACCCUCCUCGAGAACGGCAGCCUAAUCAGCUAAAACCAAGU